AUAAUGUAUAAAAAUUUGCAUUUCAAAAAGAUAAGAUUCAUCAAUAUUAUAUUUAAUAAUAUUACAUCAAUGUUACAGGCUCAGCAAUCGAAACCUUGUAUAAUCUUUUUCGACGAAGUUGAUGGUCUAGCACCAGUAAGAUCCAGUCGCCAAGACUUUGUACACGCCAGCAUUGUCUCCACUCUCUUGGCCUUGAUGGACGGCUUAGAGAACAAUUCAGAGAUCAUAGUAAUUGGAGCAACGAAUAGAAUCGACGCUAUAGAUCCAGCUUUAAGAAGACCUGGCCGUUUCGAUAGAGAAUUGUAUUUUCCGUUGCCGUGUUAUGCCGCGAGAAAAGAAAUACUCUCGGUUCAUAUAAAAAGUUGGAAACAGAAACCACCACAAAAAUUUUUGGCGUAUCUUGCAUCGAAAACUGUUGGAUUUUGCGGAAGUGAUUUACAAGCUCUUUGCGCCGAAGCGGUAAUGUGCUGCGUUCGAAGAAAUUAUCCGGAAAUAUAUACAUCCAAAGCAAAAUAUCAAAUUAACGAGCGGCAUCUUAAAGUCGAGAAACAAGAUUUUCUGAAAGCACAACAAAAUAUUCUACCAGCAUCCCAUCGUGUUUCAAUCGCCCCAAUUAAAUCUUUAUCGUAUAAAAUUCAACCAUUACUCCAAGACAAUUUAUCAUACAUUUUGUCACAGCUUGAAAUUCUUUGUCCAACAGGAAUGUUAACUUGUAACGUCAUCACUGGUAAAGCUGCAUCGAGGUCAAACAGCUGUCCUAGGAUUUUAUUGUGUGGUGACGAUGACUCUCACACUCGUCAUCUGGGACCAGCAUUACUUCACUCUUUAGAGCAUUUACCUUGUCAUUUGUUAGAUAUUACGACUUUGUUUGAAGAAACAGGAAAAGCUGCAGAAGAAGCUUUGAUUCAAAAAAUGAAGAUGGCUCGACGCAAUUUACCAUCGUUGAUUUAUAUACCUGAUAUUUUAACCUGGUGGGACUUAGUAGAUGAAGCGGCACGUAUUGUUUUUACAUCUUUGAUGCAGAGUUUAGAUCGAUCGGUCAAUAUGUUAAUCAUGAUUACGGCUAAUUGUUCACGAAAAGAUUUACCUGCAGAUAUUGUCUCCUUGUUCGAUGAAUAUCAAGGUGAAAUAUUUGAAGUUAUAUCUCCUCGUGAGCAACAUCGUGAACUAUUUUUCAAGCAAUUGUUUGUUCAUUCGGCGUGUGAUUUCGAAUCUAAUAGUUCUUCACAAGUGGAUUUUGAACAAAUUAUGAAUUCAAGAAAAACGAAAGAAGGAAGAAAACGGAAAUUAACUGGUCGAACCGAUAUCAUGGAAAAUCCUUUAGCACAAAUUAAUCUUAAGAGAAAGAAUAGUGCAUCAGGUGAAGGUCCAUCGUCGAAACGUAUAAAAAAUUCUCCACUCAAUUUAUCGACAUCGAGCAAUGAGAAAUUGACCGAUUUUCAAAUGGAACAAUUGCUUCGAAAAAUUGUUCAAGUGACAGAAUCAUGGCCAUGCCAUGAGUUGGAAAGUUUAUUCUCUUUCCUCGAAUUAACAAUUAAUAUGGAGAAGAAUGAGGAAAAUUUAUGUUUAACGAUUGAGGAAUGCCUUAGUCAAUUUAGUAAGUUAAGAAAUAUAAAAGUACAUGUGAAGAAAGAAAAAAAUGAUUAAAUUUUUAUUCUUGAUAUAACUACGUUAUAUUAUAGCAUGCUAUAAGCAAUGUAUUCUUUGAAAGAAUUUCUUUCAUCGCCUAAUCUUUAAUUUUUAGUUGUUUUAUCAUUGUAAAUUGUCCUCUAUCGAGCACCUGUUUAAAUCUUUAUCAAAGAAAAUUAACAGAUAUGUGAUGUUUUAGAUCUGUCUAAUGUUUCGUUAACAAUUUAUGGUAUAUUUGUUUUAAGUCAAUCAUUAUGAUUGUUCAUACUCGUAUGUAUACGUACAUUAUAUAUAUGUAAUAAUACUAUACGUAUAUUAUUGUCACUUUUUACUUAAAUAUCUUGUAAUAUGUAAUGUCUUAUUAUAUCGAAUGCAUGUAACAUGUAUAAAGAUAGAAUCGAUUAAAACAA